AUGUCCGCUCCGAACGAGCCGCAAUCGUUCACCGAUCCGGCGUACUGGAAGAAUUUUUUCGCGAAAAGAAAAUCGCCGUUCGAAUGGUAAGCUAUUCGUGAAGCUUCGUUCAAACUCAAAACAAUUAUCUUGCCAGGUACGGAGACUACAACUCUCUGUCGAAAGUGGUCGAUAAGUAUCUGAAGCCGAGCGAUCAUUUUCUUCAACUCGGAUGCGGAAAUUCCGAAUUGGCCACCCAGGUUUUCCCCCCGAAAUUUGACUCUAAAAUCGCAAAUAUUGUAGCUGUACGACAAUGGAUUCCACCAAAUCCACAGUAUCGACGUGGAACCGUCCGUGAUUGCCGCCCAAACACGCAAAAAUAAGGAUAGGCCCGGAAUGACGUUCGUCGUUGGAGACGCCGCCAAUGUAGGAACAAGUUGAUGGAAAAACCCACUAAUUUAACCAUUUUCAGCUCGAAUCGGCGGACGGGGCGUAUUCUGUCGUGGUCGACAAGGGAACGCUGGACGCCCUGCUCCCUCCGCGCUCCUCGGAAGCCGAUAAGGCUACCGUAACGCGGAUGUUCGACGAGGUGCACCGAGUACUCGCCUCCGGCGGCCGUUAUAUCAUCGUGACGCUCGCGCAGCCGCACAUCACCGAAUUCUGGAUCGAUCACUUCUUCCCGCUGUUCGUUUAUUUCUAGACAUUACAAAAAAUUCCGGUUUCUUUUAGCAAAGUUUCGAGAAAUAACUGCCCGAAAGUACAGUCUCCAUUCAAAAAAUGUAUUUUUCAGCAAACAAUACAUUCUGCGAGUGCAAAAAGUCGAGAACAAGGCCUCCGGCUUCCCGAUGCCCGUUUUCUGCUUCAUCGCCACCAAAAUGCGCGCCCCGAUGCCGAAUCCAUUGGUUCGUCCUUCGAAAAGCAUUUUUUUUCGUUCAAUUUUCCUGUUUUGCAGCCGCUGGAAGUGCUGCGAUCAAGUGCCGUCCGCUCGGACCGCAUCGAAGACACUGACGAGCUGAAGGAUGCGAUUCGAGGAGAACAGGAGCUCUCACAGUUUAUCUACUUGUGUUCAAAGUGAGAAAUCUCUUGGGAAACUAUAUUCGGGUAGGCCUGGGCGAGCGAUUGAUCGAGAAAUUGCUGACAAAAAAACAGGGGCGAGGGAGAAGCGAGAAAGCAGAGGCGCAGGCGCAGGCUUUUCGCACGCUAAUCGCUUCUCUUUCGCCUCCUGUUUCUUUUAGGUUGAACCGCAAAAAUUGAAGAAUGUACCCAGACAUUGUCAAAAAAUUUCAGAAAACUCGACGCCGAAGUGUCGAUCGAUUUCCACGGCGAGGAUCCGUCGCUGGGACCGCGAUACCGAAUUUGUGUGGUCGACGACGCCGACGUCCGACGCAUCGACACGUUCGCCGCGUUUGUGGUGCCCAUCGGAAGGUAUCGCGCUCUGUUCCUCUCGGCCUUGAAAAAAGAGUUUCUCAGCAGAGUGCGAUUGCAGCGAGAUGCACAUUUAUUUUCACAAAAAAACACCAAUUUUUCCAGAGACUCUGAAUGGAUUUUCGCGUCGCCGAAAGGCCGGAAGGCGCUGCGAAUCCAGUGCGGACGCGAUCGGCUCGCCAUCGUUUUCCUCAACAGAAAUCACAAAUACGAAAAGGGAAUGGAGGGCGUGAAGGCGGACGUUGGACGAUUUGUGGGCAUGUUGGACGCGCGCGCCGACGAUUCUGGAAAUGUACGCAUUGUUUUUUAUCCAGAACAUUGGCAGAAAUUGAUCGAAAAAAAAGAGACCGUCAUUUUUGCAGUACGAAAUCCUGUCGGUCGGUGGAAUCGAUGUGAAACGAACGAUUUCGAGUGGACGGUCGGAGGUGAACGGGAAUUGGAGUGUGGAGGAAGUGACCGUCGAGGGACUCAACUACCGAAGACUCGUUUUUCUGAACACCAUGAAUCUGGUCCAAUCGGAAGCCUAUCUCAAGAGUGAGUACGGUGGAAAUACAAAAAAGCGAGUAACGGGGCCGACGCUAAAUCUCAAUUAUCUUUCAGCCGGAAAAAAGAAGCAGCAAGUGGUGGACCUGGACGAGCUGGCGUGCGAUUUCCACCGAAUGAUGAUCGGAAGUCUCGCAAUUUCGCCGCUUGCCCCGCUGGCGCGCAUCGAUACUCAGUGCAAAAUGGCCGUUUUGGGACUGGGAGGAGGCCUCCUCACCGCCUAUCUCGUCCGGCAUUUCCGAAAAGUGAGGGGCCUCUUUUUUUCUGGAACGUAUUUCUAAAUCCACGCCUGGGCUAGCGAUGGCGCGAAGUCUCCCGCGUCUGCGUCUCUGCCUUCUCACACGCUAAUCGCCUUUCUCUCGCACCCAAGUUUUUUUGCAAAAGUUCCAAUUUUCAGGCGCGUGUGACAGCCGUCGAACUGGAUCCGGAAGUGCUCAAAAUCGCCAACGCCCAUUUCUCAUUCCCGCAUUCGGACGCCCGCAUCGAGGUGGUCAUUCAGGACGCUCUCGUUCAUAUUCAGCAAGUUGCCGCCAAAAAUGAAGGUAACCACUUUUUUUUUUGAAAAAUAUGGAAUGAAAGGGUCAGAGCAGGAGCGGAGCGGAGAAGUUAGUCAGUUAACCGUGUCGAACAAAAAAUACAAUGUUGACAAGAAAAGUUGAAAUUUUCGCAGAAGACAAGUACGACGUGAUCUUCGUCGACGUGUCGGGCAGCCAGAACGCGGCGCUCCAAUGCCCGCCGCCCGCUUUUUUGACGGCCGGAGCACUGGCCGACAUGAGGAAUUCGCUGAAGGAGAACGGAAUGCUCAGUCUGAAUUUGGUGACCCGAGACUCGGAUCUCGGAAGAAACAUCAAAAAGAACAUUGCCGAGCACUUUGCCACCCUCUACAGUGUUCAGUCGUGCGAGGACGUCAAUGAGGUGAUUGCCUUGAAUUCUGUUUAACUUUUUCCAUUUUUCCAGGUCGUCAUCGGUCUGAAAGCGCCGAAAGAGUCGCAGAAGGCGAUUCAACCGCAGAAACUGAUCAAUACGGUCCGUAAAGAUCUGGGCAGUUAUGACGACAUCGUAACCUCCAUCUCGACCAUCCGCGCCGUUGAAUUCUAA